AUGGAUUUAGAAACAGAGAUACCAAUUUGGUAUGAUGGUCGAAUGAAAUGGAUAUCAAAUCUGACAAGUCGUUCAACGUGUGAGGAUAUUAUUGAGGCUAUUGUUAAUGAAUCGUCAUUACGUACUCAUCAAAAUCAUUCUUAUGUACUUUAUGAAUGUUGGCGUGGUGUAGAACGACCAUUAAAAGCUAAAUGUCGUCUAUUAAAAUUGUGGCAAUCAUGGGCUGGAGAAUGUUCAAAUGUUACACUAUCCGUUCGUCAAAGACCACUAUCAAUGGAUGAAAUUGUUAAAACAAGUACACCAACAACAAAUCGAAGUCCAAUUAGGACAAUGACGAAUGAUCAGGUAGUAAAUGAUACAUUGAAUCGUUCCACGUUAGAACGACGUUCAAAACGAAAUCGUGAUACAGAACGAAUCGAACAAGUUAAUCGUUAUGUGAAUAUUGUACUAUAUCAAGAUAAAAAAUUAGAAAAAUUAAAGAAAGAUAUUAGAAAAGCUGAUAGAAAUUUAAAAAAAUUAAAAGCAAUAGAAACAACUGAUAGUUCGCUGCAAAAUGAACACAUUUCAAUUCCUCAUCGUAAUUCUUCCAGCGAUGAUUCGGACCUCUCUUUGUCUGAUAUUUCAAACGUCUUUUCCAAUCUUCCAACUGAUUCGAUUAAUGAAUAUACUCAAUUAUGUCGUAAUGUUCUUCGUUUACACACUGAAUUAGAACUUCAAAAUCGACUAAUACUACGUUUAUCUACUAAAAUUGAACAUGAACUACAAACACCAUCAAUAUAUACUCAACCUUCAACUAGUUCGAUUCAAUAUUCUGAUAUUUCAACGUUAAUUACAAAUGUCAACGAUACUCUGGAAAAGAGUAGAUCACUCUUUGAACAAUCGGAACAAUUUGACAAACAAAUUCAAACAAUAUCUGCUAAUAUUAAACAAAAACAAAAGCAAGCCGAAGAAUUAGAACAAGAAUAUGAUCUAAUGAAUAUUGAAGUUAAAAAUCAGAAUAGUGAAAGUGAAGAACAAGAUGAAGAGGAUAUUAUUACGGAGCCCGAUAGUCUAGAAGAAAUGGAUAAACCACAACCGAAAACGAAAAAAAUUGAACAUCAUAGAAAAUUAAAACGAAAAAUUCAACAAACAACAAAAACCAAAACUAAAGAUAGUCUCGAUUAUCUGAAUCAACAUUUGAAUAAUUUAGCUGCAGCUCAACAUAAGUCAAACACAAAAAAAGAGCAGACCGAAGUAAAAAGUACAGGAACAGUGAAAAGUGAGAUAAUUGAGGAAUGGGCAACAAAAAACGAUAAUACUCAAGAACGUGUUAGUACAUUAAAUGAUGUAGAACAAGAAGAUGCCUCUUUAUCACUACUAAAACAAGAAAAUGAAAAGAGACAUCCAUGUGAAAAUACGGUUGCAGUAGAACAAGGUAGUCUUUUAAAAACUACUUCGUACUUGAAAUGUUUAAAUUUUCAUUCUUUUUAUGUUUUACACAUAGUGCCGUCAACUCAGCCAACUCCAAUCCAUCGUCCUACAGCAAUUGUUGAACCAUCUUUAUCUUCAACGCUAACUCAACAACCAGUGACUAAUGCUCGUUCUUCGUCAUUUAUCAACAGUGUACUUAAUAUUUUCUCUGAUAAUAAUGGACGUUCUUCAUUACGUUUGAACAGUUCAAAUAAACGUUUAGCAUCGUCAAAUACAAAAUUAUCACAGAAUGAAAAUAUGUCAUCGUCGCUUCUCGUUACUCGUCCGUCAUCGUCAUCUUCUCAGAGCAUUUAUCAAAAUGUUAUUCAACAACAAGAUGAAAAACACAAUUUAAAGAAACCUCAUCAACAUCCACCGCCAACUUAUCGAUUUUUUGUUACCACCGAUUACGGUAAUUCAAAUAAUAAACGAACAAUUAAUACGUCUACUCAAACGCAAACACCUACUACUACAAGAACUAAUACAAAUUCAAAUAUUCAAAUUAUCCCAUUUCCAGUACGCAAUUCAAAUACGUUACCGUUACGUUGUUCGAGUACAAUGCCUUGGUCACAACAACCAACGACUUUAAACUCGUAUUCUGUUCGUACUUCAACAUUAAUUACCUCUCCAUCAUCAGUGAAACCACAAAAAAUAAUUUAUGAUAUACCGGCACGAAUAGAAGCCGAUGAAAGUGACACUGGCAUCAGUUCGUUGAAUAGCGAUGAAAUUCAAGGAAAUAAUCAUCAGUUAGUUACACUUGUUUAG